ACCUUGUCUUGAAAAUACCAUGAUUGCCCCAUAGGCUAGUCAGUGUAAGGGAGAUAAAAAUUCCUUGGGAACUUACCUAGUGGGUUUGCUUUCCAGAUUUGGUAGACGCAAAAAGCGAGGGGGGAAUAUGGGCAAAGGAAGAUUUGAUGAAAAAGAAAAUGUGUCCAACUGUAUCCAGUUAAAAACCUCAGUUAUUAAGGGUAUUAAGAACCAAUUGAUAGACCAAUUUCCAGGUAUUGAACCAUGGCUUAAUCAAAUCAUGCCUAAGAAAGAUCCUGUCAAAAUAGUGCGAUGCCAUGAACAUAUAGAAAUCCUUACAGUAAAUGGAGAAUUACUGUUUUUUAGGCAGAGAGAAGGGCCUUUUUAUCCAACCCUAAGGUUACUUCACAAAUAUCCUUUUAUCCUGCCACACCAGCAAGUUGAUAAAGGAGCCAUCAAAUUUGUACUCAGUGGAGCAAAUAUCAUGUGUCCAGGCUUAACUUCUCCGGGAGCUAAGCUUUACCCAGCUGCGGUAGAUACGAUUGUUGCAAUAAUGGCAGAAGGAAAACAGCAUGCUCUGUGUGUCGGAGUCAUGAAGAUGUCUGCAGAAGAUAUUGAGAAAGUCAACAAAGGAAUUGGCAUCGAAAAUAUCCAUUAUUUAAACGAUGGGCUGUGGCAUAUGAAAACAUAUAAAUGAGCCUCAAAAGGAAUGCACUUGGACAAAACAUGGAUAUUGUGCUGUACUUCUGUGUUUGUGUCUGUGUGUGACGGCAUGAAGACAAUGUCUCUGGUUAUGCUGAAUAAAUUCAACAGAUGUUAAAUGCUGUUAGCUUCAGAAAUUAUUUUAGUUUUUCUUAAAACUGGGUAGCAAACUUGGAGAUUAAAAGGUACCUGGUAAGUAACGAAACUCAGACAACUUAAUGUCCUUUCUUAGGAUAAUAUGUAAGAUUAAGGGUUGAACUUGGUAAUUGUAAUUACCAGUUUAUGGCUGACCCCCAGAGAAUGACUAGUUAAUGGGGCUCAAGCUAGACUGGGAAUUUUAUCCUGUUACUCCAGGGCACUCAGCAUCUCCUUUGUGUAU